UCAGAUUCAGGUCAGUUUUUCUGAGUCAUGGAUUGCGAGGACUACUACCCCUCGAUAAAGCCAACGUUUUCAGUCCCCUUCACGACAAAACUCCAAUUAUCCAAACUUAAGCCUAAUCUCAUUGAAGUUUCGCCGUAAUAUCCAAGAGCAAAAACAAAGACCUUUGCCACUCCUACCAAACCUAUAACCCCAUUUAUAACCUGCAUAUCUAGGCUUAUACUGAUCUGGGUCUGGAAUCUUGAUUCUAUUGAUACACAGGACAAAUCAACAUCUGGGUCUGAACCAAAUCAAUCGGUAUGAGUGCUAGGAAGAGAGAGAGGGAGAACCCUUGUGGGGUAUGUGGGCAUUACCACAAGUACGAAGAAGGAGAGGUUUGUGGGGUCUGUGGCCACCGUAUGCCGGCUGCCACCGAGAAUAGUUUGCUUCAGGUUAGCGCUUUUCCGUCGGAGAUCUUGCCGGAGUUCCUGUAUUUGGGUAGCUAUGAUAACGCUUCGCGGGCUGAGCUUCUCAAGACUCAGGGGAUUUCUCGAGUUCUCAAUACAGUACCUGCUUGUCAAAAUCUCUACAAGAAUUCCUUUACAUAUCAUUGCCUCCAAGAUGACCAAAAUUUGCCAUUUGAUGACGCGGUCCAAUUUCUAGAGCAAUGCGAAAAAGAUAAGGCUCGUGUUCUUGUUCACUGCAUGUCAGGAAAAAAUAGAUCGCCAGCUAUUGUGAUAGCUUACUUGAUGAAGAGCAAAGGGUGGAGACUAGCACAGAGUUACCAGUGGGUGAAAGAGCGAAGAAGUUCUGUUGAUUUAACUCAAGCCACCUACCAGCAAUUACAGGAGUAUGAGCAGAAAAUUUAUGGGCCAAUUGAGAACAGCAACCCCAGCUUGCCAAUCUUCUCAUCUGCAGGGAUGCCUUCCUUCAGCUUUGGGUUUUCAAAGCCUAAUGAUACAGUUCAUGUUCCUGCUUUCAACAGCCCUGGUGCUACGUCCAUCUUUGCCCGUCCCAUUUUAGACAUCCCUCCUCAAGAGUUCACUUUUGGAGCUGGCCAGGCUCAGAGCUCCUCUGAAUCGUCUUUUGCCUCAAACCCCCCAAAUCCGCAUUGUACUGAUAUUUCCAUGGAUGGUUCUUAAUUUCUUUCAUUUCAUUACAUUCCUCAUGCGACACCAAUGGUUGGUCAGAAGUCGAAUGAGUCACUGACUUCAAUCUGAAGUUUGGAUGGUAAUGAGUGACCGGCUUUGUUGAGUUUGUAUCAUCUAAAGCCUGGAUGUAAAUUACAAAAGAAAUGCUUAAAGGUUUUCGGUUUGUAUGUUUGACAAGGGGUUGCCUUUCUGGGGUUUGUGUGUUCUUGAACUACAAAAGAUCUCAUUCCAUAAUUUUACAAAAGA